CGGGCUGCGGCGGCGCGGCCGCGCGCACAUGGCUGCAGCCGGGACCGAGCGGCGCGCCCUCCCGCAGGCCGGCUCGGUGCGCGCGCGCACGGCCCGCCAGGCCACGCGCCAGGCGGCGGUGCGCGGGACCCCCGGGCUUCGCCUCUGCAGCCUCGGUGGAUCGACUGCUGGAGGCCGGCGUCAGGGGGCGCCAAGGAGCCGGGGGGGACCCGGGCUCCCGCCUCCCUGCGCCCGCCCGGAGGCUGGGGCUCGGAGGAUGCAGCAGGAUGGACAGCUCGCCCAGAAAGGCCCAGCACAGAGGAUACUGAGAGCCGGGGCUGCAGAUCCAGAUGGUUUGGUGUGGUGCGAGAGAUAUUCUUUAUAACCCUGUGUGUGGCCCUGCUUCACCGUCUCAUGUGUCUGGAUGAGGUUUAGACUAGAAGAUUAACACCACUCACACAAACUGCAGCUCUACUUUAAAAGAAGUUUCUACAUAAGCUUUUCUACCAAUUCUUACAAGGAUGGGUUUCGUAGGGGCUGGCUUCUCCACAGCAGAAUUAACAGCUCACAAAAUCAUCCUCAAAGACUACUAGUGCUGCUGGUGGCCUUGAACACUCCAGAAGCCUGAGGAGAAGCAUUGGCUACAUGCAGAAGAGCAGCACCUAUAUGGGAGUCUCUGCCUUCGACGGUUUCAGAAAGCUUUCGCUGACUAACUGAGAAGAUGCAGAAGAUCUUGCAGACAGAUGAAAUUACCGAUAACCAAGUUCUUAGGAAAAGGAAGAGGAAACGGACAGAGACAGCGAACGCAGAGAAUGCAAAUAGUGCCAUGGAUAAAGCACAGAGAGACCCAUAUUCAGGAAAUGCCUUCCUGCCUGGCGAGAGCUCCAGUGAUGACGAAACCCCCUUAGCAGAACUGUCCAAGGAGGAACUUUGUACCAAAAUCAAAAACCUGAAGGAGAAGCUAACGAACAUCCGGAAGGAAAACAGUCGGCUUCGACAGUCUUUGGUCAUGCUACAAGUGUUACCGCAGGCAGUCACCCAGUUUGAAGAACUGGUUGCAGUGGCAGAGACCCUGCUUAAAGGUGGGGGUGUGGCGUCCACACCUGCAUCUACUCUCUGGAGAUCAGCCAACAACUCCUCCCCAGACUCUUUUGCCUCUCUUUGCGGUAAUUCCAACUCUAGUUCCAGCUCCCCACGUUCCCUGAAGGCUGAGGAGGAGCAGCCUCCUGGUGAGAAGCAGUUCAAGAUUGAAAACUGGCAGAUUGCACGUUGUAAUAAGAGCAAGCCUCAGAAAUUUAUUAAUGAUUUAAUGCAAGUUCUUUACACAACUGAAUACAUGGCUACACACAGUCUGACUGGGGCAAAAUCCUCUACUUCAAGAGACAAGGUUGUAAAACCAGCUAUGAAUCAGAAUGAAGUUCAAGAAAUCAUAGGAAUAACGAAGCAGGUGUUUCCCAGCACAGAUGACAUUUCCAUCAGAAGGAUGAUAGGACAGAAACUCAAUAACUGCACCAAGAAGCCGAAUGUGGGCAAAACUCUUAACUCUCAGGAUAUUAAGUAGACCCUAAUGGUAUCUUAAAAUAAAGCAUGUUUGGUUUUACGUCAACCAUUGGAUUUUGUGGAGACACAUCAGAGACCAGCUGUAUGGCGUCUGUAGAACCCAUGGCCUUCCUGGUGGAGAAAAAGACUGGCCGAAGAAGCUGCAUGCAGAGGCCAUACUAAUUGCUAACGAUGCAUCAACCCAGAGAAUGUCUGUCAAACACGCAUGUGAUAUGGUUCCCUUGGAAUUUCGCAUUUCUCGCAGCCCCAAAUACUUCCCUGGACAACUAACAUAAGAUAAUAUAAGCUCUUGUCAUAGCAACAAAAGCAUCUACCCUCCAUAUCGGUCAAUGUCCUCCACAACAGCAUGCAUUAUCACCAUCGGUGAUUCCCCAUGAUGCUGUUUGUUUGCUUUUUGGAUGUAGCAAGCGCGUUGAGUGGAAAUGCAAUUGAAAUAAUGCAUUUACAAAUACAAAAGGAGCAAAGUGAGCCUAAGGGAUGAUAACCGCAUCUAACCAAGUGGUGAUGAUGUAACAUUAAGGUGAAUAGGAUUAUGGGAAAAAAACAAAAACAAAAAUCUUUUCAAUAUUAAGUUGUCCAAACACAAUCCUAAAAGCCCCAAAUCUCAUUUUUGUUUGUUAAAAUGAUGUACCGAAUUUUGUAAUAGACACUUAGUCUGUGAAGCAGACAUACCUCCCAAUAUUCGUUGUCCAACGUGUACUAGUUACAAAUUGUAAUGUUAAACAACAAUAUUACCUAAAGUACACUUAGGGCAUAACAUCAUGUUUGAUCAGCUGUGAUGCUAAACUGCUUAAUUUUAACGUGUUUAUUUCCACUCUAACAGAAGGGAAGUGAAUUGGAAAAAAAUACUGCUUUAAUAAUGGCACAGGAAAAAUGUCAUUUUGUAAAUCAACAAAAGAUAAAAUAUUCUUUAGAGACUUUUCACUUGAUGGCAGAUUGCCUGACUACUUUGCAAUAUGAAACUAUAUUUUUUCCUUCCUUCCUUCCUCCCUCUCUCCCUCCCUCACUCUCUCUUUCUCUCACUUUCUUCUUUUCUUUCUUUUUCUUACUUUUUUCUUCCAAGGCAGGGUUUCUCUGUGUAGGUCUGGCUAUCCUGGAACAAACUAUAGAUCAGGAUGGCCUUGAACUCAGAGAUCUGCCUGCCUCUGCCUCCCAAAAGCUGGGAUUGAAGGUGUGUGCCACCAUGCCCGGUGAGACUCUGCUUCUUGAGUGUGUAAAGUGAUGUCAAAACUUGGAGAGGGGGACCCCUAAAGUGCAGCGCACCCAGGAAGUAUUCUGUAAAGGGUGCUUGAUAACCAUGCAGUCAUACAGAACAGUUAUUCUCAAUGAAAUAAAUUAUGCAACAUUUGCUACUUUUAAUUAAAUAAAAUUUAACUCCAUUGAAAACUA